GUCUGGCUAAGUGCUAGGAGCCGGAAGUGACUAGUACUAGCCGUACGCAAGUGCAGCAACCAAGCGCUAAAAUUUAAACUUCCGGAAGAAGUUUUAUUUCUCAAGUACUGAGAUUGUUCUUUGUAUUUUCGGGAAAGAGAGGGAGUCGUUAUUGUGCAGUCUUUCUUUCCGAUAUAAUUUUUUAGUGGAUUAGUUGAAUAAGCUCGUUUAGAGAUUGCACCAGGUCACUUUUUUGGAUCUAAAAUAAAAGCCGAUUGAAUUUAACUUGCUGAGAACUUUGAGAAGUGGGACUUUGGAACGAUGGAGUCCUCUGUGUUGGGAGCUCUAAGCCUGAAGAAAGCAGAGCAGGACAGAGGUGACAUGUCUUUACAGCAGCCAUCGAAAAGACCACGGGGUUGUCAAGUGGAUGCAGGAAAGGAUCUGACUGCUGGUGAUAAAGGUCACAAAUUUUCUGAUGAAUCCACGAAAAGAUGCGUUGCUUACAUAGAGGAUAUUGAAAAUGUGAAUCCUCUUCACACAUCAAAAGGAACUCCUUUGACAGUGCUAUCCCAAUUUCGAGCACAAGAGCAGGAGAUUAAGCCAGAUACUCCAGUCAUUUCAUCUGUGAAAACUCGUAUUAAGAAGCUAAAUGAGCAGAAAAGAGAGUGGGGCUUAGAAGAAAUGGAGUGUGAGACCUUCUCUGCAUCUGCCCACACUUCCUCAACUCCGAGAGAGUCUGAGAUUGGCUCCCACCCAGGAAGGCUUUGUAAUCGCAAAGGGCAUUUAUCUGAUAUUCACACUUGGGAAGAGGAUGAGCUGAAUUUGGCCUUGAAAAUGAGCGAAGAGCAUGGUGGGCAGAAAGAUGAUGAAAGUGGUGCAGUGUUUGCCAUGCCUAGGAUUGAUGGCUUUUCAGUAUCCAUGGAAGAGACUGUAGAUCAAUCUGAAGACAAUUCAUAUGAUUCCCAGGCUGAGAUCAAAGUUGAUGUUUCAGCUGGACGUAGUGUGACUUCAGUAAUCGAUGAAUUUGAAAAGCUGCAUGAAUCUUCCACAUCACUGUGUUCUGUAACAUGUGCCUCCAUGAAGCAAGUUAAUAAAAAUGUUACAGACCGCUUCCUGAAUGAGCUGCAGACGCCUCCCAGCUUGUCUAAAAUUAGCCGCAUCCGUAAGGAACGUGAAGAAGAACUGAAACUGCUGAGAGAGAAUACUGAACGGAGCAAUCCAUGGGUUGAGAAUGAUAAAAUAAAUAGAAAAAGAAAGCGGGAUUUGUUGCAGGAAGAUUCUGAAUUUGGGGAUUCUGUCCAGAACAGCUCUAUUACUAGCCUACAGUCACAAGAAGGGAGUGAAAGCAUAUGCGUGAAUUCUUUGAAUGUUCGAUUACAGAGUGCUUCUGCUGCAUCUCCAUCAUGCACUGAUGGCAAAGAGACUCCAGGGAUGAACAGUUCUGAAGUAAUUGACCAGAUCUUUAAUGGAGUGCUGGAUACUACCAGUGGUGAUGAAAAGGACUGUAUUGUGGAGAAAGAAGCAGUUUUGGAUGAUGAAAAGGAUAUGUUCAGCCUUCCACCGGUGUCCACUCUUUCACCACUAGCCAAAUCUGUUGUUUUGGACGCUGUUGCUCCUUUGAAUACUGAAGAGUCUCAGAAACAGCCAGCCCAUUGCCAGCAGGGAGAUGCCACAAGCCCACCUGUACCUUCCACUGUGGAAGAUUAUGCUCCUUUGUAUAGUAUUGAUGCUUAUAGGACACAGUGGCGUAGUAACCGGCAUUGUGUACCAUGUAUCAUGGAUAUUGCACACUGCACAAAGGAGGGAAUAGAAGAAUCACUAGAGUCUCCAAACCUUGACCCUAGAGAGAAAAUCCAGAUGUUGAACAAUGAAAUUAACAGCUUACAGACCACCAUUCAACAGACAAGUCAGGCUCUCAACUGCUGCAUUGAUGAAGAACAUGGAAAAGGCUCUCUGGAGGAAGCAGAAGCAGAGAGGCUGUUGCUGAUUUUCUCUGAGAAGCGCUUGGCAUUGUUGAGUGAACUGAGCAAAACAAAGGCUGAAAAUAUUGCCACUAAAGAAAAUACUUCUCUUAAUACUAAUGACAAAUUAGAGCCCUGCAGAGGAACAGUUACCAUUUCAGACAUUCGUCUCCCUUUAAAAGUAGAGUAUGUCUGCUCAGCGACACUCAAACAACCAGGCAAACCCAGCCAUUAUUUUCUAGUAAUGAUUCGAUACGGAACUCAUAACAUUGUUGCCACACCCAUUGCCACAGCACUUGAUGCCCAGAAAGGGGAUUCUAUAGCCUUUCCUACAACUGUGACACUACAAGACAUUCGUUCCAGCUUUGAGAUUGAUGUGGAGGUAUAUAGCCUGGCUCAGAAUUUGAACGUUGUGACAUCCGAAAAGAAGCGUCCCUCAAAAGCAAAGGUUAUUACACCAAAGAAGUUACUGAGUUCCAUCACAAAAUCAAACAUGAAUUCCCCAGCAUCCAGUCCUGUUGUUGGUAAUUCUACUCGAACCAGCAGCUUUACUUUAGUUGGCUCUCAUAAAAUCACUAUGGAUUCUUUGGGCAAGAAUAAAUUUCCUCUGGACAAGAUGAAGUUUGAAAGAAAAGCCAGGCAGCUGCUGGGAGAUGAGUUUCAGGAUAAGGUGGCGUUCAUUUCCCCAGUGGAAGGAAAUAUUUACUUGAAGCUUCAGUGCCAGCCUCACUUAGCUGUGGAACAUCAGGGAUUUUUGACCAUUUUUGAAGAUGUUAGUGGUUUUGGAGCUUGGCAUCGUCGAUGGUUUGUUCUCUCAAAAAGCUGCAUCUCCUAUUCUGUCUACUUUAAUGGUGAAGAUGAUAAGAAGCCUGUUGGACGUAUCAAUCUUGCCAACUGUAUCAGCAAGAAGAUAGAACCUGUAAAUCGAGAAUUGUGUGCCCGUCCAAACACCUUUGAACUGAUUACUGUCCGUCCACAGCAAGAAGAUGACACAGAGACACUUGUGUCUCAUUGUAAAGAUGCCCUCUGUUACACUAAGACUUGUCUUAGUGCAGAUACCAAAGAGGAGCGAAACCAGUGGCUGACUAAAUUAAACCAGGUUUUGUUGGAUUUAACAGCUUGGGGAUUGGCUCGGGAUGAAAAACGUUUUGUUUCAUCAUCCUGUCUUGAAUAAGUGGAUGGAAAGUCUCCUGUCUACUGGCACUAUGGAAACACCAGGGAUCAGAUAAUUUAACCGACUGUUUUCCAGAAAAGUCUCUGCUGCUGCUGUUGGGUUUUGCAUUAGAAUUAUAGACUGGAUUGAAAAGAUAACAGUAUUUAUUUAAACUGAUUAUACCCUUUAUUAUUCUGAGAUAUGCCGAUAAGUUACUGUAUUCCACAGUUAAUUUGUACUAAAAACAGUGAAUAAGCCAUGAAAAGUGACUGAGAUAAAAGUUCUGUUGUGCAUUUUUUUUUUUAUAAAAUGCACACACUGUUGUUUUUAUAAUUAAUUAGUCCCCACUGUCUUUCCUUCAUGAUACUGAAAGUUUCUUGGCAUGACUGAGGAUCCCCUCAUAGUGUAGGCAGAUUUAUAUUUGAAUCUUUUUAUUCUCCAGGCUAGCUUUUUAUAGUUAUACAGAUUUAUUACUUGAAAGUGAAGAAUUUUGAUAUAAAUAAUUCAUAACAGUUGCAAGAGAAAACAAGUGUUUAAUAUCUUACAGCAAAUCAGUUGUAUACAUUUACUGCUAAUAGAAUGAGUGAGGUGCAUCAUUCUAAACUAAUCCAGAACUCUGCUGUAGUUAGUGUCAUUUUAGUUUUUACUGGCUGUCGUUUUGUAUUUUACUGUUUGCCUUAGCAAUGCCAGCCCUUUCUGAAUAUGGGGCAAUCACUGAAGUAAGGCAAGAUGAGUGCUAGCUAUACAAAAAAGUCUUAGAAACAUUUUAUACAGUAUGUAAUAAUGUUUUCACAGAAAAUUGUGUUGCUUUCUGCAAAAAGUCUUUAAACAUUUGUCUAAUUUUAUUUACACCGCGACUCUUGCACAUCUUGGUAACAAAUUACUAUUGGAGCUGAAUGUUUUGUUUAGGUUCUUUCAGAAGUCAUGUGGGGUAAGAGCAGAAAGGGUCUUUUUUGUGGUUAGUUCAUACGAGUCUUGCCACUUUUUUCAUUAGUCAUUGUUUCCUUCCCUGUUCUGCUAAGUUGUCUUUUUUUGUUCUUGUAUCGCUAAUUUAAGCUGGCCUUCUAACAUUUGCAUUACAACCCCCCCCCCCCCAAGAAAAGGCACCUUAUUUCAACAAGUGUUAGCCUUUAUUUUGGGCUUCCCCUUUAAACUUGCCUUAAAUUAAACUUUAGUAUAUGAAUCCUUUUAGUUCAACCUCAUUGACGGAAUUUUGACUUUUUAUGCUAAAAAUUUCAAUUUCUCAGAAGUUCAUACAUGAAUGUAAAAUAGUGAGAAAUGAUUGAAGUGGAGCCUUUCAGUAAUGUGACACACGCACAUACAUACCUACUUCUGAGCAGUAAUUGUAAUGGCAUUUUGUCAACAACAUUUCAGAUGGAUGCAUGCUUUUUACUAGCAUCUGCAAUAUGCUUUAGCUGGAAAGAAGAGUUUGACUGCAGAAGUCUUUUUGGCUCCCUCUUUACUUCUUUGCAGAGUUUGCAUGGAUUUUUGAUGCUUGUUCCAACUUCGUCCCACAUCUCAGAUAUCUUAUUAGUUGACUUGGUUUUCUGACUAGCCUGUAGAUAUCAGUGUAGAAAGACAAACAAUUCUUUUAAUUUUCCUUAAUUAUGCAUGUAGACUGUGCGCGUACGUGCCCGUGUGUGUAUAUGCAUGCAUACACAUUCUGUGAAAGAAUGACUUUCCAUCUAGGAUUCGUUUUUGCCCUGUGCUGGUGUGAGUCUAUAAUAGGUUGUGACUGAGGAGAAUAAAUGCAGGUAUCUGGGAUUGAGUGAAAAUAAAUUACUCCUUUAAGCUUUUUUUAUUUGUAGCAUAUGCAUCUCUGAUGGAUGUUGAUUACACCUGAACUGACAAAAAGACGCAUCUCUAACAUUGUUCUGUAAGCCUACUACUGUAUUACCUUUCUCAUUAUCGGAGUUUUUUGAGCUAACUUUCACCCCAGUCUAGUUUUCUUUAAGCUGCCAGAUCGUGCCAUAUAAAUUAGGGUGACUAAAACUGAUUUCUAAAGCAUUGGUAUUUAUGGAAGUUUAUGUACCUUUUUUGUAAAGUGUGGUUAGCAUCUUCUUAAGUCUUCUUUUGAGUGUCUGGGAAUACAGAGACCUGCAAUAAAUCUUUCUGCAUUUCUGAUUUUAUAUGUAUGAAUUUCUGUAUGAACCAUAAAUGUAUCUAUUGCUUACUGUUGAUGUCCUUAAUUUGACUGGCCCUGUUUCAAAGAGCUCAAAAAAUAAGCAGUCUCCUGUUGUCGCUUUACAUCUUUGUUCUUCAUUUUGUUUCAUUAAAAAAACAAACACAAGAAAGGCAGGAUCUCAAAGGACCACAAAUAAAAAAAAAAAAAGUAGACUUCUGUUAACAGGAUUCUGCAUUCGGUUAUGUCACAAAUUCCAUGGUUGUAGUCAGUCUGGUACAUUUAUCAUGGGGGUCUGCUUAUGUGUCUGAUUUUCAGUAGCUUCCCAUUUUUAUAUUUUCACAAGAUGGUAUUUCUAAAGUCACAGGCCACUGUUACGAUUGGUUAGCGAGGGACUUUGUGAUCUUUAAUUUCAGCCCCAGUACCAAGUUUAAGAUUGCAUUUUGUCCAUUGUAAUAUUUUCUGUCAUGUUCAGCGUACAUCGGUAUAGCAUAUUCUUGCAGAACUUCAUUUUUGCUAGAGUAUUACAUGAACGAAAAUGUAAAUAACGUCUUUAAAGCCAUAACUUAGAGUACAUAAAGAUACUUUGACAGAAACAUUUGAGCAGAGAAGUGGUCCUGGUGAUUUCCAGGGUGGGCAAUGAGAACCAUUAACAUUUGCUUCACUUUGAUUGCCAGUUACCUCUAGCCAUGGCAAGAUCAGCAAGAAAUGUGCUAGCAAAGAGGAUAUAGCUCAUUUUUCUGGCUUGCAUGGAAUACAGAUACAUUUAUUUUAUACAUAUUCCUAGAAAGGUAUUUAUUGAAGCAUGGAGAUUUACUAAUUUUGCUGUAAAUGGGUCACUCCUUGGCUUUAGUAUUGGGAAGCCAAAGUUGAGGUUUUCUCCAUGCAUUCUUUUUACUGACUGAAAUAAAAUCCCAUUUGUAAAAGUCUAUUUCAUUUGUACUGCAAAACUAUACACUAUGAAGGAAUGCUGUCAGAUCUGAUGUCAUUUUAUUUGAGUUAUCUCUAGGUUGGUAUAGUUUCAGUCUGUCCUCAAAAUACAAAUCUGUGUUAUGAAUUUAACACUUGUUUCAAACACAUGCUGAUACACAUUUAUAAGUUUCUAGUAUUUUUGCAUUCAAUGCAGAAAUAUGCAGUUAUUUUAAGCUUUGUAUUCUUAAGUCAUAUUUGUCAUAGAAACUAGGUGCUGUUAAGACUUGUGUAUACUGGCUGUAAAUUACUGGGAUUUAUUAUUUAAACACAUAUGAUUAAUUUAAACAGUAAUGGCAUUAAAAUCCCUGCUGAUUCUACAGCUUUAGAAGGUUUAGUCUUCUGUACACAGCUAAAUACUUUUGUAGAAUCAGCUUCAAAAUACUUGCACAGGAAAAAAAAAACGCAAAAAAGUUAUUAGAAAAGCCCAAGUUCCCGUGUUUAACCAAGCAAAUGGUGUAGACGUUAUUGUGAUAUCACAUUCCAUUUGCCUGUGCACUGCACCUGAAAUGAUGCAUUGUGUGCAAUAUUCUUGUGACUGCCGUUGUCCUUGUUUCAUACUACAGCUGGGUUUUCCAGGUGCACUUUAGUCUGCUAAAACAUUCAGGUACUAUUCAUCUCAAAAAAAAAAAAAAAAAAAAGUUUUUCUUCUGUGCUCUUGAAGUAGUUUGGUGUAAGAUGAGCAUAUAUAUGUAUGUUGCUGUCUUGUGAAUACUCUGGUGUUUAAUGUAUUGCUGUUGAAUCGUAUUAUUUUGCACUGCUUGAUCGAUUUGCUGUGUUUUAUAUAUGUUAUGUGUACCUCCCUGAAAUAAACCCAUAUAUUUUAACCUC